CAAAAUAUUUUGGCAAAUUUUCCUAAUAAAUAUGAACAUAAAACGUGAAACAGUUGGAAUGUACCGGUGUGUUAAAAAUACCAAAAAUUCCAAAAAACCAGAACAAACAAAAAUGCAACGAUCUGAUUCGAUAAUUGAAAAGUUUGAUUGCAACGAUAUUUAAACAUGCAAAAUGCGCUAGUAAAUAUUUAUGCGCGAUUAUUUUUAGUCUGGCACCAUAUUCUCUGUCCCUUUCCGUCAAACGAACGUAUUUAUAAAUGCGUUCGCUUCGGUUUUUUAGAACGAUGAAGUGUGUUUCAACUCAACUAACACGAUACUUAAAGUAAAACAAAAUAAUCAUCUGAUCUGAUCGAAAGGAAUUUUCGACCAUAAUAUUUAUAACACAAAACACAAAAUGACUCAGACCGUCUGAAUUUAUAUUAUAAAAAAAAACAGUGUGUUCUGCAUAUUGCCGAGUACCCGACAAGACGAGUAGUUAAGUAGCAGACUCUGAAGUGUGAGCACGGUUCAUAUAAUCAAUUUUAUAGACGAAAUUUUAACGUUGUGAAAAUAUAAAUAAAACAUUUUAUCAGUCUCUUAUCAACAAAAAAAAAAACACAUUCAAUCGUUUGAAAAGAUAAACCAACCACCUGGGCGUUAGUUGUGUAACAAGAAGCAAAAGUUUUAAUAAUUUGGUUCCGUAAUAACUAUCGUAAACUUACCGACAAUGACACUGUCCGCUAAGGAUAUUGUGCUAUCGGAAAAUAUGAACAAUGAAAAAUCGAGUGAAAUUCAGGAUUUGUUGAAUACACAUACUGGCGCCAAAAAUGAAAGUUCAACGACACGACUCCCUGGCAUAUCUGAAAUUCUACCUUCACUUUACCUCUGCGGUGCUGGCGUUGCAAUUCCAUACUUCUUAGAAAAGUUGUCAAUUAAAUGUGUCAUAAACAUUGCUCCCGAGCUACCGCAUACACCGUUACCCGAUGACAGACCAUUAUACUAUCAGAUUCCAGUGUUAGACAAAGGAGACAUCGACUUAAAAUGUUACUUUGACGAGGCAGCAGAUCUAAUUGAAGGAGUACGACAGUCGGAUGGAAAAAGCUUAGUACAUUGUGUGGCUGGUGUUAGCCGAUCGGCAUCGAUAUGUAUAGCUUAUUUGAUUAAACAUUGUGAUAUGACACUGAGAGACGCAUUCUUACGUGUUCGAGAAGUAAGGCCGCAGAUUCGACCAAACAUUGGUUUCUUCCGUCAGCUCAUCGCAUAUGAAGAAAGCAUACGAGGCACAGCAACUGUUUCCAUGGUAUUCAAAGAGUCACUCGGUCAGGAAAUACCGGACGUUUAUGAAUACGAAUAUCAGGCAAUGGAACUGUUCUAUCAGAAGCAUCGAAAUGUAAAACGGAGAUGAACUUUUACUGAUUAUUGACUGUCUCUAGGAGCUGUCCAUAAAUUGAUUUGCAUCCACGAAAUAAGAUUGUAACGAAAUUUAUGGGCGGGUUUCUUUUUGGAAUAAAGGUGAUGCUAAAUUAGAGUACAAUUACGUUAAAGUAGACUUAAUGAAAACAUUCGUUUUUGUGAAUGGUAUACUAGACAUUUUAUACUAAAAAUUAUUCUGUUGUAUUGAAAUAAAUUCAGAUCUUAACACUUGCGGAUAGUAAAUGAGCAUCUGGAUGUAAGAAUUUGGUUUUAACGAUUCAUAUUAAAAGUAACAGAUUUUUGGGACCAAUUUCUAAUUUUAUUAUUGUAACAUUUGUUCAGUUUGUAAAAUUAAACGUGUACGAAUUACUAAAAAAAAA